AUGGUUGGAACGUUUUUGAGCUUCGAACAUGUUCUGCAGGCGAUACAGGUAACUAGGUAUUCAGAAUUGGCUUCAAGUACUGUCAUUAUAUUCGACCAUCUAAUUACUCUAGACGACGAGAUAGAACUAAUAUGGGUCAGUUCGAUAUUGUUACGCGCUGAAGAGCACAUGAAAAACUUACACGAUGGGAAAAGAGAAGUCCUUGGUCUGCUGGAAAAAUGCUAUUUUUACUCAACCGUUACUAUACGUUUGCAUCCGUCAUUGUCAACAAUUACGGUGUGUGUUCCUGUCCCGUCGAUCCGGUUGGAUAAGAUGGUCGGUUACAACGAUACUUAUGUGUUACUAGCCCUCUUUGCGUCGUCCCAUACGAAUUCGGUUAGCUUGCAAUUUUUCAAAUGGCAAGGAUGGACCGGCUUACUUGCGUGCAUGAUCGCAGAAACGAUAUUGCAGAUGCGGCUAUACGCAUUGUAUUCUCUAAAUCAGAAAGUCCUAAUUGCAAUGGUGGCGACCUUUAUACUCACCUCAGCUACGGCGGCUGCUAUUAUGGGCGUUGUGUUAUCAAACCUUACCGCAAUCUCGUUACAGUUACAAGGAGUCGUAGUCUGCUUGCCUUUGACCGUAUCUUCGAGUUUCUAUGCGUUUUGGAUCCCUAUAUUGGCGUUUGAAACGGUACUUUGUUGUUUGGCGUUGUUCCGCGGAUACCAGACGUUCCGUACGAGUGGAUCGCCUUUUCAGUCGGGGAGGAAGCUGGUUGGGAUGUUGAUUCGCGAUUCGAUUGCAUAUUUCCUUGUAAUGUUCGGGAUUUAUUUGACGAAUUUACUCGUCUUUGCAAUUGAUUUGACCCUUAUCGAAGUACCGAUUGGAUGGUCAAUAGCACUGUCAUGCGUUCUCGGAAACCGGGUUAUACUUAAUGUUCGUAGAGAGAUCGCACAUCCAGAGGAUAACCAACUCCAUCCACACGGCCACCUUCCGAAUCCGAAUGAGCCACCCUCGCCUCUGGGAUCUCACGAAUCUAAAUCAACUCCAUCAAGUUCGAGGUGUAGUAAAGGUGGGCGGUGGUCUUUGAAGGGUAAAGAGAGGCUAGAGGUAGCGGUGGAAUAUGAGUCUGAGACCUUAACGGAUUUGGAGAUGGCACAGUUGAGAAGUAUGCGGGAGGAUGAUCCUGAUCCUGAUGAGAAUUUUCAUUAGGGCCUCCGAGUCAGAAAGGUGUAUAUUCUACGAUUUUUUGUAUCAGCUACAUGUGAUCUUUCUGCUUGAUUUCGUGCGUAGGAAGCUU